CUUCAAUCUCACAACUUGUCUUCACUAUCACCGGAGUAAUCAGAGCCGCAACGAUGGCCGAGAUGCUGGCUCUUGAGGCCGGACCCACGCUCGAGAGCGCGCUAGCGGUGGUCCCGCCUCCUCCUCCUCCUCUCGACGACGAACUAGUUGAAUAUCAGCCAGCUCCGCCUCCUGAAGAGCCUGGGACCGACGCCGCCGUACCGAAAGCUCCCGAGACCAAAACUCUGGCCGAUCUGGCACAAGAAGUGGCCAACUGGACGCUGCACUCGGAUCACGACUUGCACGCUUAUCUGAAGCGAUACUCGGCCGACCUGUUCGCACGUACGAAGGACCUGGAGGACAGCGUGAGAGACAUCGCAGCCGAGGCGGACUCGGCCCAUGUGCGACUUAAGAACACGUUCAACCAAUUCCUCAUGUUGUCCAACAACCAGUUCAUCGAGAACCGCGUGUACGACGAAGAGCAGGAGGAUUUCUUCGGCGUCGAAGGCGGUCAAACCACUGCAGAGAAACAGGAAACAGACAAGGAGAAGGAGGAACAGGCUGCAGAGGCCUCAGCCACUACGGAAAACAAGGAGAACGGCCCCAAGGCGGCUGCUGAGUCCAUUGUCAACAAGUACAGGUCGGCUCUGGACAUGGGAAUGGAAGCCAUGAAGCUGUUCGUCAUGAUGGACGACGAGGACGACAAGAGCGAGACGUCGUCCCAGUUCGACACUGUAUUGGACAUCUACAACGAACGUCCGCUGCCCUUUAUCAUCGGUACGAGGGAGUUCCUGGAGGAUGAGACGCUCGGAUUGGGUGCUGCACCGGAGAAUUACUCAGACAGCGACAGCGACUCGAGUUAUGCGUCGUCGUAUAGCAGCUCCGACUCAGAAUCAGACUCAGAAGAAUCAGAGAGAUCGAAGAGAAGGUCAUCUCGCUCGAGAUCACGCUACCGUUCGAGUUCAGAAGAGUCCGAUGGGUCAUCAGUGGCUGCUCCACCGCCAAGAAGACGUGCAGACUCAGAUGAGAGCGAUACUAGUGGGUUAUUCGGUCGUCCUCCAGCUGUGGAGGCGUCUAGACGUCGUGCUGACUCAGACGAGAGCUCAACAAGUGGCCUAUUCGGUCGUCCUUCAGCACCAGAGUCAGCUGCACCGCCUUCACGCAGUUCUCGUCAUCGUCCGGUGUUUGACGACGAGAGUGAUAGCGACUGGAGUGACAGCGACGAUGAAACCAAGACGCCACAGCGCAAGCAAAGCUCAGCAAGCCGUCGUGAAGCUCCUCCGCCGUUUGCUGCCCCCACGCCUGCAAGGAAAGACCAGUUCUUGGGCAGCUCGGAUGAAGAGAGUGAGGCUGGGUUGUUCGGCUCUGCUCCAACCACCAAGCCCCGUGUCUUCGCUACAGAUGAACAGGAUAAAGCGAAGCAGCGUCCGUCACUGUUUGGUGAGCAGUCUUCUACUAGUGAAGACCUGUUUGGUGGCAAUCCGAGCACUCCGAAACGUCGAAACAGCAGCAAACGUCUAACUCCACGACGGUCUGACUCGUUCGGCUCGUCAUCAGAUGAGGAGGAGGGAUUGUUUGCUAGUGGGAAGGAGUCUAAACCGCAGACUGCUCAACCCCCACAAGGUUUCCGGUUGCCCAUGGCUGAAGCGCCAAGAGAGUCGAGUACUAUGGAACCGAAGAAGAGUUUUCUCUCUAGUGAAAGUGAGGCUGAAUCAACAACCAGUGGCUUGUUUGGACGACCGUCCAGUGCUAAGGAGACCAAGAAACCUGCUGGUGUGUCGGUGUUGCCUCCGCAAUCUCGACGUCUUGACUUGUCGGACGACAGUAGUGACGAUGAUGACGGACUGUUUGGAACUGCGCCAGCUAAACCGACUACGCCGACUGCAAAGCCUGUGGUGCCGCCUACUGCCAUCCCACCUCGACGUUCAAUGUAUUCUGAUAGCAGCAGUGACGACGAAGACGGAGGUUUAUUUGGUGCAAAGCCUAAUGCUACUGCGACUACAACUCCUUUAGCGUCGGCCCCUAGCUCUCAGCCCGUACAGCGUUCUCAAAGCGGACUAUUCGGUGGAAAUAGUGACGACAGCGACAGUGAUGACGGCGGUCUAUUUGGCACAAACAAACCAGCUACAACUGCUCCAGCAGUUGCAAAGCCACCUCCAGUAGUGGCAUCCAGACCCCCACCCGUGGUCACACACGACGUUAGCGACAGCGACAGUGACGACGACGGAGGACUCUUCGGAAUCUCACAACCGGCCAAACCUACUACCGCACCGGUUACUACUGCGCCGCCUGUCCAGACAAGACAAUCACGCGUGCACAGCGACUCGAGUGACUCGGACGAUGGUGGACUGUUCGGUGCUCCACCUGCACGGGCUGCACCGACACCGUCACCAGCUCCUACCCCAGCGCCAAUGCCUGCAGUAGCCACUUCCGUGCCACCUACUAGACCAUUAAUCAAUCGACAGAUUUCGUCCGACGACGAUAGCGAUGACUGGAGUGACGAUGACGGCGGACUUUUUGGCGCGUCUACGUCCAAGCCUGCUCCUGCAAAGCCAGUUGCAACUCAAGCUCCAGUCGUACAGAACACUCCUGCACCAACUCAAGCUGCGGCAUCGUCCGACUCACUCUUCGGACCGCCAUCGGGAGCAACAGCUCCUGCUGUUCACCCGCCGAUUCCUAGUGCUGCUGCACGAAUGCGUGCUGCAGAGUCCUCAGACUCGGACUCGGACUCCGACUGGGAUGGCGAUGGAGGGCUGUUUGGACCUCCGAAAAAGAAAUAAACAACAACCACUUUGGAACUGCCCUUAAGCGAGGCCAAGCUACCUCUGAUAUCUGUGGAUUAAUGCUCACUAGUUAGAUUCGUUUUGAAGAGAAAGACGACGCGAUAGAAGCGGUUCUCCGGUCAAUUUAUCUCGCAAAAAUCGAAAUAUGCCAACGAACUGAUCGUUCCAAGCAACCUAGAAUUGUUUAAAUAGGAUAAGGAAAUCCCCGAUGAUCAGAGCUAACGAGUGCAAACAUC